GCGCGCGCGCGGGAGCCUGGCGGGGGCGGGCUCUGCGCCCGGGGGCCGGGCUGGGCGCGCAGAGUGGCAGCCGGACUUAGCAGGCUGCGAGGGGCCGGGCGCCGCAGUGCCGUAGUAGUGGGCAGCAGCGGCGGACGGCUGGGGAUCCGCCGAUAACCCGAGCUGGCAGAAGAUCCCGGCGUUUCCCAGUCUCGGCCGGGGGAGGGCCCGCAGCUCCCCAGAGCUUGCAGGCACUGCCACCCUCCCGCCCCGAGCUGGCAGCGCGGGCGGGACGACGACGACGACGACCAGUCUUGGUCCCCUUUGCGUCUCUUGGUUCCGCUUUGCUCCCAAGUAAGGGAAUAAGCCCAGAGUCAAAGAAACGCACCGGGAAACCGCGCAACCAAGUGUUGCAUGGUGAGAGCACUGGAGGGACCUUACUGUGAGAGCACCAUCAUCAGUGACCAUGUGAAGAAUGAGCUGAAGAACAAGCCCCUUGAAGAUGUUCAGAAUAGGCCUUCCUAAGCUUUGAACAAAAUAAGGGCCGAUAAAGACCCUGAAAGUUCAAGAAAAGCUAUUCUUACUCCCGGGACCGGAGUGAUAGUACAGCAGGAAAAGCAAGGGUCUCUGAAGCCACCUGGACUGCAGAUAGAAGAAUGUUGUUUGAGAAAUAACAAUACUUGCUCAUCUGUGGAAAGCUGCCCACAGCGACCAUAGAUACUUGGCCUCUGAGAAGUUUCCUGAAGGACUUGUCUAGCAUCCCUUCAAUGUGCCAGGUGCUAGCUCGAGCCCCAGCGUCACCCUGAACACAGCUCCACACGUGGUCUCAGACAUCCACAGCCGGCUGAAAAAUGAGUGAGGAACGCUGGGUUUCCCUCACUCCCGAAGAAUUCGAACAACUCCAGAAAUAUUCCGAAUAUUCUUCCAAGAAGAUAAAGGAUGUAUUGGCUGAAUUCAAUAAAGGUGGGAGCCUCAAACAGUAUGACCUACGUGAGCCGAUUAGCUAUGAUGUCUUCAAGCUGUUCAUGAGGUCAUACCUGGAGGUGGACCUUCCUCAACCACUGAGUACACAUCUCUUCCUGGCCUUCAGCCAGAAGCCCAGACAGGAGACCCCUGACCAUCCAAAGGAGGGGGCCAGCAACAGCGAGGCCUGUGGCCCAGAUCCCAACAUCCCAAAUGAAGAUAAUGCUGCCAAAGCAGAUGAGGCCUGUGCCCCAGAUGCAGGUUGCACGAGCUCCGAGAAGGAAGUGGCCUCUAAGGACCAAGUGGCUGUGACCACCCUGGAAAAUGCUGCCACUCCGUCUUCAGGCUCAGGGUCCCCCAUAGUGUACCUGAAUGAUGUCGCGUGUUCCCUGUCCCUGCUGGAGACCGGGAGGCCUCAGGACAAACUGGAGUUCAUGUUUCAUCUCUAUGAUUCGGAUGAGAAUGGCCUCCUGGACCAAGCGGAGUUGGACCGUAUCGCUAACCAAAUGCUACACAUCGCCCAGUAUCUGGAGUGGGACCCCACGGAGCUCAGGCCGAUACUGAAGGAGAUGUUGCAAGGGAUGGACUAUGACAAGGAUGGCUUCGUGUCUCUGGAGGAAUGGGUCCAUGGAGGAAUGACCACCAUCCCCUUGCUGGUUCUCCUGGGCAUGGAUGACUCUGGCUCCAAGGGUGACGGGAGGCAUGCCUGGGUCAUGAAGCACUUCAAGAAACCAACCUACUGCAACUUCUGCCACAUCAUGCUGAUGGGUGUCCGGAAGCAAGGCCUGUGCUGCAUCUACUGUAAAUACACUGUCCAUGAGCGCUGUGUAUCCAAAAACAUUCCUGGAUGUGUCAAAACGUACUCAAAAUCCAAAAAAGGCAAUGAGGUGAUGCAGCACGCGUGGGUGGAAGGGAACUGCUCCGUCAAGUGUGACCGGUGCCAUAAAAGUAUCAAGUGCUAUCAGAGUGUCACAGCGCGGCACUGCGUGUGGUGCCGGAUGACGUCUCACCGCAAGUGUGAGGUGUCCACCUUGUGCGACGGUGGCGAGCUGAGAGACCACAUUCUGCUGCCCACCUCGAUAUGCCCAGUCACCCGGGACAAGCAGGAUGGGAAGACGGAUGGCACCGUGACCGGAAAGGGUGAACCUGUAACGCAGUAUAAGAUUAUCCCCACCCCAGGUACCCACCCUUUGCUGGUCUUGGUGAACCCCAAGAGUGGAGGGCGACAAGGAGAAAGAAUUCUUCGGAAAUUCCACUAUCUGCUCAACCCCAAACAAGUUUUCAACCUGGACAAUGGGGGGCCUACACCCGGAUUGAACUUUUUCCACGACACGCCAGACUUCCGUGUGUUGGCCUGUGGAGGAGAUGGAACAGUUGGCUGGAUUCUGGAUUGCAUUGAUAAGGCCAACCUCACCAAGCACCCACCGGUGGCGGUCCUGCCCCUGGGAACAGGAAACGACCUGGCCCGCUGUCUCCGCUGGGGUGGAGGUUAUGAAGGGGGCAGCCUGACGAAGAUCCUGAAGGACAUCGAGCAGAGCCCCUUGGUGAUGCUGGACCGCUGGCAUGUAGAAGUCACCCCCAGAGAGGAGGUGGAGAAUGGGGACCAGGUUCCAUACAGCAUCAUGAACAACUAUUUCUCCAUCGGUGUGGAUGCUUCCAUUGCACACCGAUUCCACGUGAUGCGGGAGAAACACCCUGAAAAAUUCAACAGCAGGAUGAAGAACAAGUUGUGGUACUUUGAAUUUGGCACCUCGGAGACCUUUGCAGCCACCUGCAAGAAACUCCAUGACCACAUAGAAUUGGAGUGUGAUGGGGUUGGAGUGGACUUGAGCAAUAUAUUCCUUGAAGGCAUUGCCAUUCUCAACAUCCCCAGCAUGUAUGGUGGCACCAACCUCUGGGGAGAAACCAAGAAGAACAGAACUGUGAUUCGGGAAAGCAGGAAGGUCGUCACUGAUCCCAAGGAACUGAAAUUCUGUGUCCAAGACCUCAGUGACCAGCUCCUUGAAGUAGUGGGACUAGAGGGAGCCAUGGAGAUGGGACAGAUCUACACUGGCCUGAAGAGUGCGGGCAGGAGGCUGGCCCAGUGCUCCUCCGUCACAAUCAGGACGAACAAGCUGCUGCCCAUGCAGGUGGACGGAGAGCCCUGGAUGCAGCCUCCUUGCUCGAUUAGAAUUACCCACAAGAACCAAGCGCCCAUGAUGAUGGGGCCUCCUCAGAAGAGCAGCUUCUUCUCCCUGAGAAGGAAGAGUCGUUCCAAAGACUAGACAAAGUGCCAAGCACCUGAUGCGCCAAGAAAGAAGUCAAGAAACUCACACAGACACACCACACACACACACACACACACACACACACACAGAGACACACCACACACACACACACACACACAUACACACACGCUUCUCUAACCAGUGGGAGUCAACACACCAUUCAGGAAGUAAUCUUCACCUGCCAUAUAGUCUGUUUCAACAAUGCGUACACGCCAACUCAACCAACGCCCACAGGACAUUCUGAAUGGAUGCAGUACCCACCAGGGCGUGGGGGGGGGGGGGGUCUUGCAGCCACUUCCACCUUCCCAGAAGGCCUUCCUGAGUGGACUCGUCUGAGACUUCAGGAGAAGUCCCCCCUUUCUUUCACCAACACUGCAAGUUGCAUCUUUUCUUCACGGACACUCACAGGGAGCGAGGUUUCCUGCCAACAGUGAGAUCGGAUGUGGCGCAGGGAAAGCGCUCCUGUUCCAGCAAGCUUGCACAAAGCUCCCUCUGUGGAGAGACAAGACGCCUCCUACUCUCUGAGCCCAGUGCUUGGCAGGGCUCCUGGAGCACACGUUGUUGGUGUCGUGGUUGUCUUUCGAGCGACAACUUCACCCUGAACUCGCCGAGGAGGCAGGAAGGCUGUGGAGAGCUGGGUUCUUCUUCUUGGUUCUCUGCACUGUCGGGAGGCACUGCUUGUUAUUCUCUCAAAGCGCUUUCCUGGGGACUGUGCGCUUGUUCAGUGGCGGCUCCCGGCUCCCAGAGCCCCCCGCCGUGCCUGAGCGGCACACCUUAGAUGUGGUAUUUAUUUUCUUAGUUCUGCAAACACCUGGGAGGGAAAGCAGAAAAACUGGGAUCUAUUUUUCAAAUUGGUGUCAUAAUAUUGUGUAAAAGGGGAAGGAAAAAAAAAAACACCCCCAGCUUCUUUCUUUUUCAAGCCGAAGUGUGUUUCCUGUAUAAGUUUGAAGCCCGGGUGGCAGACUAUUCCUGAAGGCAGACAAGAUGGGAGAGAAGGGCCUUUGCUGAGGGGACCAGGAGCCCAACUAUUAAGUAGUUCUCUCCUGCCUCUUUGCACCUUCCUCUCCCAAAGUAUGUCAUGCAGGCCCUUCUGCUGGUCUGUGUAUACAUAUUUGUAGCAUAUAUAUUUAUGUAUAUAAAUAUUUAUUUCCUGGUGAACUUUUCCUGGUUGAAAAAAAAAACCCACAUGUAGUCUAGGAACAGAAAGUGAAAAAAGAAAAAGUUUCUUAGCCUCCCCAACCCCCAUCCCAUUUCAGUGUCAAGACUCAUUUCCUUAUUUCCUUAUGGCAAUCACAAGAUUUGAGGGAAACGAAAGUGGCUCCUUAUCUAAAAAGACUGAGAAUAUGUAUUCUGGAUUUUUUUAAAAAAAUGAACGGUGUUCUGGGCAGGAUGUACUCUCCCAUUUAUCAGAUAAGAAAACUGAGUGUCUCAGCACAUUUAAGGGACUUGUUCUUGGUAUCUUGGCUAAUAUGGCUUGGAAAUAGGUGUCACUAAAAAGAGAAUCAAGUAAGAAAGAAGCCACACCUUCCAAAAUAGGGAUUUUUCCAGUACCUGAGAAAUUAUCCCAUUUGGAUUCAGGUUUCCAAGGAAGAAUGAAUGGGCAGCCUACGGAUGGAUGGGGCAAGAUGGCAUGAGAAGAACUAGGGCCUCAUGAUGCUCUCUGGCCUCGAUGGGUGAGAAAUUAGUCUGAGGUCGAAGGCAUUAGACAGAUGAUCAAAUCUAACUGUCCACAUGACACCUCAUCAUGAUUCUCAUAGCCUCUUAAUCUGGAAAUAUCCUGACUGCAGGGAUGACCUCGGUGGAGAGUCACAAAGAAGACAAUGGUGCCUUCUACAAGGUGCUGCCAGCCAGGACUCAGCGGAGGGGUCUGACAGGGCUCAGAGGGCUUUAUUCAGCUGGGGCCAGCAUGAUCCUCUUUUCCCAAGGGCAAGUCUGUUUUCUUGGUAGACACAUUCGCCUCUGCACCUUUGCUUUCUUGGGCCUCCAUCCCCCCUUUGUCUCCUUGCACUGGGUCAACGAGGAACAUGGAAGGGCAAAUUAAGAUUGUGUACAAAUUAAUCCUAACGCUGAAUGAAGUAGCCACUUAGGACCACCUAGUAUGGAAAUUUAGGAUAUCCUGCUGACCUCACAGUGCAACCUGCUGGGCAGGGGAGAACUGGGUCACCUUGAAGAACCAUCCUCACUGAUGUGAUCCUUGGUGCUGAGACCAACAAGCUCCAGAUUGGCAACAGGUACUGUCUUGGAAGCCACUUGAUUCUAAAACGAAAGCAGCCCCCUGGUUGAGGUCACUGGUUCUAAGACAUUUACAAGAAGUUCUUGAUUAUAUUUCUGGCCUAAUCCCCUAAGAUUGAGAUUGUUGAGAUAUGUCACCAUCAACAGGUAAGACCAAUUCUCAGAGAUUUCCAAGUGUCUCUUCAACGUCAAAUGACACAAAAGAGAUGGUCCUGUCUGCUCUUGAGCAUAGAACUUACAGGGUUGCUUAAGAGGUAGAUCUAAACCUUCCUUAGAAUCACAGAGUAUAACGAACUUGAGCGGAAUUGCAAGUACAGCUUAGUAAUGUCUAGUGUUGCUUAACUUGGCAACUCAUCUCUUAACUACUAGGCCAGUAGUUUCUUCCUACAGAGAAUCUCAUUAUAAGGCUUUUCACAGUAAUCUCUGAAGCUGGCAGAGAAGGUAAUACUAUCCCCCAUCUUCAUAUUGAGAAAAGCAAGUCUUAGUCAGGUUAGAGUAUCUCUAAGUCACAUAAUUAAACUGUCAAGUGAGAUUCCAAGAUCCUAUUUCUUGUCUCAUUCUGACCCAGCACAAUCAUGUUCUCGCCUGCCCCCACAUUUCUAGUAGAUGUGCCCCCACUAGCAAUAAAAUGAGGAUACAAGUGAUCUUCAAUACAUUGUGUUGCCCUUGAAUGAAAGAGCUAGGAGUUGCAUCUCAUUACGGUGGUAUGGUCUUUGUGGGUUUCCUCCACUGAAUUGAGAAUGAAGAGCGACUUAGUACGAUGAUUAUAUUUCAGGUCAGAGACCAGCUCCUCUCAAGAGAGUUCUUUUCACAGAUGGAAAAGAUAUGUUAAAAUUGCCAAAUAAAUUAGGAAAUACUUGGCAGAUCCUGGAAGAGCCUCCAGACUGGCAUUACAUAACAUGCAUAUACAUUAUACAUAUGCACAUUAUAUAAGGUGACAUAGUACUUAAUGUGCUGUAUAUAUUAUGUAAAUUACAUAUUUGUGAGUAAUCAUGAUAAAUAUAGAGACCCACUAAUCACUUUUUUACACAUACUCAGUGACAGAUUAGGAAGUUACUUUGCCAGGGAGUCUUAAAACUUACUCUCUCCUGCUGCUUUGGUUCCAACUCCUGCCAAAAAUAAUUACAUCAACUUUUCCCUCUCUAACCCCCCUCCUCUUAGCCAAACGCUCUGUUAUCUCCUGUCCCAGUUAGGCUAUACCUUCUUUAGAGCACUACCACGGUUUGAAUCCAUAAUAAAAUAGAUUCAUGGAAUGGGGAAGAAAUAGACUCAUAGAUCCCCUAUAUCAAGGUCUGUACAUCAACACUCCCUGGCAGGAAUGUGCCAAAGACUAAUAAAAAGGGAGGAGAUAGUGGAGAUAAGGAAGAAGAUGCUACCAACCUUCAAAGGAAGGAAACCGUGUUGUGUUUGUGAACCACCAGUUUCAGGACCCAACAGUCAGAAUGUUAAGUUCCUCCAGCAUAUAUGAUACUAUCACUUCCUAAAAUAGGUUUCACAAAAUACUAGCAUCCAUAAAAUGUUCCAUGACAAAAGAGUUCUGUGGUCAGGUACUAGAUCCCCAUCUUGGAGACACAUAAAAAGUCUUAUCCAUUAUAAAACAUAGAUGCUUUUACUUACUCACCAACAUCUGUAGAUUAAGAACACUGCCUCAAGUCUACCAUUUAUUUUUAUCCUCAGUGGAAAUGAGAACAUGCAAGUAACCAUCCUCUGUAAUACUAUAAAAAGUACUAGGAGUACUAUAUUUAAAAAAAUACUCCUUUUCUAGGACAAGGAAUCUUCAGCAAACUCCUGGUAACGCUCAGUCCAGUGCUGCAUAGGCCCAGCAGUGCUGGGAGCUAUGAGGGUGACCCUAGCAAUGCUUGAGAGACCCAUCGGGUGCCAGACAUUGAGGCCUCUGCACGCGUGCAUGUGCUCAAGCACUUUGUGCUGUCUCCCAGCAGUCUCGAUUCCUAAGGUGCUCUUUCUAGCUUUUUCUAUGUGAUUGUUUUAUUCCUCUUAUUCCUCCCAUCUAUAAGUCUUCAUAUAAGAAUCAAGGACCGGGACUGGAGCAAGAGCACAGUGCGUAGGGUAUUUGCCUUGCACACGGCUGACAGAGGUUCGAUUCCCAGCAUCCCAUAUGGUCCCCUGAGCACUGCCAGGGGUAGUGCCUGAGCGCAGAGCCAGGAGUGACCCCUGUGCAUCACCAGGUGUGACCUCCAAAAAAAAAAGAAUCAAGAACCUAGGCUUCCCUGGGUGGAGAAGGGACUAAGGAAAACAGAGGGGUUAGACUGCAUCUGUGAGGCUCCAGAAAACAGACUUAUAUGGAAACAGCUGCCUUGUGGGAAAAUGAAUGAAAGACCACUUACUCUUAUAGAAGGAGCCUUGAUUUGUUCCAUUUAGGAAAAAGGCAGUGAUUGACCUACCUUGUCCAAUAGGCCAUGAAAGCUGGUUUUUGAAGCAUCCAUGUUAAGUCUGUGGUUCUCUAACAGCCUUUUAAACAGCUCUAGCAUCCCUUGUUUUUUGAAACCUGGAAUACACCCCAGGGAAAUUAUGAAUGAGUAGGUACUAACCAGUGAGACCACACUUACACAUAGUAGGAUUGGGCAGAUUUCAUCAGCACCCUCGAAAAUAGCUAGUGUUGGUAGAUGUAUAUUCUUAGUUGCUUUGAGAAUUAAAGGAAUGAGUUGUGGUAUUAAAACCAACAGAGAUUUUUCUGUUUCUGCUCGGCUCCAUAUUAGCAAUGAAGAACGAUUCUCCUGGUCACACAUACCAGACCUACAUCCAAAGUGCAAGAGCAAAAAAAAAAGAAAGAAAGAAAGAAAGAAAGAGAAACAAGCCCAGGCGACAAAUAAAAAUCUUGUUUUAUUUUAGCUCAAACAAGUGUAGAACUGUAUAGAAUUUCACAAGGCCAUUGUUGUUGGUUCAGUCAGAUGUCCCACUCUAUUGUAGUACAUCUCUCAACUUUCUAUAAAAGAUAAAACAGGAAAGGGAGGUAAGAAAGAAAAUUUCCAUUUAUUGCUUACUGAGUACAAGGUACUGUCAAGGACUUUUCGUGUACUUUCCUUUUUAGUGUUCAUAACAGCCCAUGAUGUGGGCGUUGUAUUUAUUUUAAAGUUAAAGGGAUUAGUGCAUCAAAUAGUGACGUUCUUUGUCCAAGGCCAUGCAGUAAAUGUUAGAGCAAAGACUUUUCCUGAAUCUGUCUUACAUCAAAAUUUAUGCAUUUUCUCCUGUAACAUUCUUAUUGAUUUUGAACCCUGUUAUUCUGGGAAAGAUUAAAUGGCAUUGGCAAAUCGA